AUGACGUGUCUGCUGCGCGCAACGCCUGCUGAAAUCUUCGAAGGCAGAGAAGUUUCCCGGACUGCAUUCGAAGAGGUGCGGGGAGGCGGCGCUCAGCAGGCGGCAGCCCGCUUCGGUCGAGGCAGCUGUCCGCUCCGGGGCGGCGGCGGAGGAGGCGGAGGCGGCGGCUGCAGCGUGGAGGGCCCGGCUGAAGUCCCGUCGGGCGGCGGCCCAGGUCCUUGGCAGCUGGCUAUGAUCCAUUUCUUCCUGGCUCACACAGCCUAUCACUUCGGCCGAUGGCUUCCCAAACACCACCGACUCCGAUUCCAAGCUGUAAUCUUCAUUCUCGGUCUCUCUGCUCUCCUUCUCCAACUCUACAUCCUGCUAAGACCAAGGUCUUCUCGCUACUGCGGACAGCCCCUUCUCUACAACCUGGUUGGAAGUAUCGUCUUUACUUUCUUCACAAUCGGGCUGACUUUGCUGCUGGUGAUGGUGGAGCCCUUGACAGGGGAGCUGAAGAUCAUCUUCUCCAUCUUCGGAAUGGGCUCAUUUGCGGAAGGAAUCUGCACAGCUAUACUAACAUCUUUAGCAACACAAUGUGCCAAAACAACUCCUGAGCUCUAUUACACAUCAGUAAUUCUGUCAGUGAGCAGCAUGUUAUCUACCGCCUUCUUCUCUGUUCUGGGGCUAUUCUGGGUUGCCAACAUGGCUUCUCCUGGCCUCGUACUGAACAAGCAGACUAAGAGUGGGAUCUGUUACGGGCCAGUCUCUGAAUGUAGCUGCCUGUGGCACAUCUGAGCCAGGUGCCCCAUCUCUCUGCUGCCGUUUCCCCAGCAACCUCUCCACCACCCGUGGAUCACCUGCGAAACUGCCUUCCCUUACCUUCAUUUGCUGGAGAAAUCGACUGAUCUCUGUGGCAGCCACUGUGGGAAGACCUUCAGAACUGUGGAUUUUCAUAGCAAAUGUCUUUAACUAUUAAUAUAUAUGAGCAUUAGGUAGCUUUUGAGUCGG